CACAAAUUGUGUCUGGGAUAUUCGUCACUUAUUUCUAUUGACGAUUUUUAUUUUUUUUAAAAUAAUAAUGAUUUUCGGGGUAAAUUUCUAUGGAUGGAGUUCCAUUCCUUGAAAUUCCCCAUUGCCUGAAAAUCCAGUUUCUAAGCGUGUGGUGUAGCAAACAGCCAUGGCUCUGCGGCAGCCUUGUUCAGUUUCAUCAUCUUCAUCGUCUUUCUUCGGAGGUUAUCGCCACAGACUCUGCUCGAAGAUAUCAUGGCCAAAAUCUCGAAAUGUCAACUCCACCAGUACUUAUUCAGGUUGCAAAGCUUCAUGGCAAGAGCUCGCCGGCGUUUUAAUAUUCUCAGCGAUUCCUUUCACCGCCGUUAAAGCCAUAGCGAAUAGCCCUCUCGGAGAGUCGCUUCAGAGCCGAAUGGAGGAGAAUAAGAAGGCCGCCGUAAAGAAUUCUUCAAAGUUCAAGGCCUUAGCUGAAAAGGCUAAAAACGAGAGUCUGUGGUAUGGAGAAGAACGUCCUCGCUGGCUUGGUCCAAUCCCAUAUGACUAUCCUGCAUAUCUCACUGGAGAACUUCCUGGGGAUUAUGGCUUUGAUAUUGCUGGUCUGGGCAAGGAUCCUGUGGCUUUCCAAAAAUAUUUCAAUUUUGAGAUACUGCAUGCGCGCUGGGCUAUGCUUGCAGCCCUUGGUGCUCUACUUCCAGAAUUAUUAGACCUAUUGGGAGCCUUUCACUUUGUUGAACCUGUCUGGUGGCGAGUCGGCUAUUCAAAGCUCAAGGGAGAUACAUUAGACUAUCUUGGCAUCCCAGGAUUUCACUUUGCUGGAAGCCAAGGAGUAAUUGUCAUUGCUAUUUGCCAAGCCCUGCUGAUGGUUGGACCAGAAUAUGCAAGAUAUUGUGGGAUUGAAGCUUUGGAGCCUCUGGGAAUUUACCUGCCUGGUGAUAUUAAUUAUCCAGGAGGAGCUCUUUUUGAUCCCCUGAAUCUCUCUAAAGAUCCUGUAGCCUUUGAAGAGCUGAAGGUGAAAGAAAUUAAAAACGGGCGCUUAGCAAUGGUUGCCUGGCUGGGGUUUUAUAUACAAGCUGCUGCUACAGCAAUACAGGAAUCUCCAAAUUCAAUUUGAUGGAAACCUGAUUACUCAGUUCUUCUACAUGGUGUCUCGCACUCGGCCACCCUUGCCUUGAAAUUUUCUAAAGGUGCGCCCCCUUUUCUUGCAUAGUUUUCCUUAAUUUGGAAGAAAAUUCCAUGUGCUUCCCAGUAUUUAUUGGAAACUGAAAGCGUCUAUACUAUUAAAUCAAGCUAUUCGGUUGGAGCUGCCCUACUGCAAUCCUGAUUCCUAAAAGGAACCUUCCGCAGGUUGAGUCAUCGCUAGGGUUGAGUUUGGAGGCUAAAAAUUAAAUGACAAUUCAUUAUGUAUUUGGAUCGAUGUGUCACUAGUUUGUUCACAUCUUAAUGUCUAGGUAGCAUGACAUUUAUUCAACUCAAAUAAACUAUGAGUUUGAUUGAACAAGUGUCCCACUCCUCACCAACCAAAGCCAUAAUGAUAAUGACAAUAGCAAAUCUGGAUGUAAGUUGUGACUAUUUUUCUGUUUGAAGAUGGGAUAGGAUUUGUGAAACUGCACAUGUUACGGACUUGAUUGUCGGCAAAUGGUGUCUAAUUUCAUGUGGAUUCAUGUGGGGAGCAGCCUGGGUCUGGUUUUGUUGCUUCUACUGUAUUCUAAACCCGUAACUUUCUUUCUUUUGACUAAAGAGACAAACCGCUUGCGUAACCA